UGUCCCCGUGGCUCGGUCAUUGUGAUUGGUCCGAAGAAUAUGUCUGUCGUGGCAGGGAGGGAAGCUACACUGGAGUGUAUUGCUAACGCCAGGCCGGUGGAGAGGCUGGUGUUGUCGUGGAAACGUAAUGGGCGUCGGCUGGCCAGUGGAGUGGGCGUGUUCGGGCGUCGCCUGACCCUCUCUAGCCCCUCCCUCUCAGACGGGGGCGUGUACGUGUGUGAGGCGUCGCUUCUUAACUCCACCACCAGACCCACCGAGGCCCGGGCCCAUCUCACUGUCCUGGAGCCUCCAUACUUCACUGCUGAACCCAGACUGAAGACUGUAGCAGCGGUGGACAGGAACGUCGACUUACACUGUCAGGCCAAGGGAGUCCCCUCGGCUCGUAUAGACUGGUAUAAAGACGCGGUGCCCGUAUCCAAGCUAGCCAACCCUCGCUACAAGGUUACCGCGGCAACAGGUCUGACUGUGCGGAGAGUCCAACCAGGAGAUGCUGGAAUGUUCCAGUGUUUCGCUCGGAACGCUGCCGGAGAGACACAGACACACACACAGCUGGUGGUUACUAGUGUCACCCCCUCCUUCUCCCUCCUCCCCUCUGAUCUCACCGUUACCGACGGCAACUCGGCUGUGUUCACCUGCGAGACCACUGGAGCCCCCAAACCUGCUGUCAGCUGGAGGAGAGGUUCCCUGCUCCUGGCCAGUGGGACGGUCCAGAUUCCCAGGUUCACCCUGCUGGAGUCAGGUGGUCUGCUGGUUGAGCCAAUCAGGAUGGAAGAUUCUGGCGACUACACCUGUACUGCCACUAGCGCAGACGGAUCCAUCAACGCUACUGCUGCUCUCACUGUCUGGAUUCGUACAUUUAUCUCCGUCCCGCCGGUGGACCAGAGGGUCAUCAAGGGAACCACGGCAACCCUGGACUGUAACGCUACACACGACCCCAGGGUCAACAUCAGUUUCCAGUGGCAGCGUGGUGCAGUACCCCUCCAGCCCAGCGGGGGCAGAGUGUCUAUAUUGUCUGGUUCUCUGACCAUCAGCCAGACUUGGUCAGGCGACAUAGGAGACUACACCUGCACUGUAACAUCACAGGCCGGGAACCAAUCACGCUCCGCACGCCUUGAAGUCAUCUCCCCCCACUCCCCCAGGUCUCUUUCUGUGUCUCUGAAUGAUUCAGACAGCCGUUCAGUUCUACUCUCCUGGGUCAGACCCUUCGAUGGAAACUCUCCUCUUCUACACUACAUACUGGAGCUGUCUGAGAACAACUCUCCAUGGAAGGUGUACACGUCGGAGGUGGGGCCUGCUGUGACACAGGUGACGGUGGGCGGACUCACCCCUGCCAGGACCUAUCAGUUCAGACUCUGCGCUGUCAAUCAAGUGGGCCGCGGCCAAUACAGCGGCGAGACACAGAGAUUGAUGCUGAGAGAGGAGGCUCCCAGUGCUCCUCCUAAGAACAUGGUAGCGUCGGGUCGGACCAACCAGUCUAUCAUGGUCCAGUGGCAGCCUCCCCCAGAACCACAGCUCAAUGGAGUGCUCCGAGGAUACGUACUCAGGUAUCGUCUGGCAGGUCUACCAGGAGAGUACCAAGAGAAGAAUAUCUCUAGUCCAGAGACUAACUACUGUCUACUAUCAGACCUCAUUAUCUGGACUCAGUAUCAGAUACAACUGGCUGCUUACACUGCUGCAGGCCUGGGGGAAUAUAGUACUGCUGUUACUGAGUACACACUACAGGGAGUGUCCACUCGCCCCCCUCAGGCUGUAGAGGUAACAGCAGUCAGCUCCUCCACAAUCAGAUUCACCUGGAACCCUCCGCCUCAGCAGUUCAUCAACGGGAUCAACCAGGGAUACAAGUUGCUAGUCUGGCCGGAGCACUCCCCCGCAGCUGUAACCACUGUGACCAUCACCCCUGACUAUCCCGGUUCCCGCCUCACCGGAUUGGUUGUUGGACUCAUGAAGUACACCUGGUAUCUAGGCUCCGCCCUCUGCUUCACCACGCCCGGCGAUGGACCCAAGAGCCCUCCCAUACUGCUACAGACACAUGAAGACACACCAGGUCCGGUGGGUCACUUGAGCUUCACUGAGAUCCUGGACACAUCUCUGAGAGUGAGCUGGGCAGAGCCUAAAGACAAGAACGGCAUCAUCACAGGUUAUGUGAUAUUGUGGUGUGUUUCGGGGUCGGGGGUCAAUGCGUCCUGUGAGGAGCGACCUCUCUCUAACUCUACCCUGCAAUACAAGGUCACCAGCUUGACCUCUAUGACAUCAUACACCCUGGAGGUUGCUGCCAUGACAGCGGCAGGAAGAGGCGUGGCCACCACCUCCACCAUCUCCUGAGUCCCGCCAGAGCUUCCUGGUGUGCCUUCUAACCUGGUCAUCUCCAACAUCAGCCCUCGCUCCGCCACACUAAGGUUCCGCCCCGGCAGCGAUGGGAAGACGGUCAUCUCCAAAUGGAUCGUAGAAGGACAGGUCAAGAGGGAUGGGAAGGAGGAGGAGUGGAGAGUCGUGUAUGAGAGAGAGAACAGAGAGAAGCAGCCUGAUGUAGACACACUGGAAAUACCAGACCUCCUCCCCUUCACACUGUACAGGUUCCGAUUGCGCCAGGAGAACAGUGGCUCCAGUCCAUCUAGCACCCCCUCCAGGAUGAUUCAGACACUGCAGUCGGCCCCCGAUACACACCCCAACAACCUCACCCUGGUUACAGCUACACAGACCAGCCUCACACUGCGCUGGGCGCCGUUACCGGUAUCUGAGUAUAAUGGUAGUCCAGAGACGGUGGGUUACCGGGUGUGUGUCCGGCGGGCAGACGGCCAGGGAGAGGAGAGGCUGGAGGAGGUUAGAGGUCAGGGGUCAGGGGUUAGUGGUCAGCAAAGCGAGACGAUGCUGGAGGGCCUGGCUGAAUGGACAGAGUACCAGUUGAAGAUACAAGCCUUUAACUCUAUAGGAGCUGGACCAUGGAGUACCACACUGACCACACACACCAAGGAGUCAGUGCCGUCUGGCUGUCCAGUGAAUGUGAGUGCGGAGGCGGUGAGUUCUACCAGGAUUUUGGUCACAUGGUCUCCUGUUCCCGAGAUGCAGAGAAAUGGACCCAUCCUAGGUUACAAG